CAAACACAGUCAAAAUGUCCAACUUUGAUGUGAAUUCAAUCAUUGAAAAGGCUGAUUCCAAGGAUAAGGAUAUUCGUCAUAUGGCCCUCUAUGACUUGAGUAACGAAUUACAAAAGGAAAAUUUAAAGUUGGUUUGCCUCACCUUGUUAACAAGAUGAGCAAGGUUCAAAUUGAAAACAGUAUUUCAUCACUUAGUAGCAAUAUUCUCAAGGGUGAAGAUGAAAAGAGAGACAUUGCUGCUAUUGCUUUAAAGACUGUCAUUUCUGAAAUUCCAAUGGAAAAUGCUCAAGCUCCUAUCAAGAAAUGUAUUACACCACUCCUCCAAGGUCUUUCAAGUGAUAAUCCAGAAAUCAAGUUGGUUGCUCUUGAUGUUUUGUCUGAUUUAUUGGCUCGUUUCGGCGCUAUGGUUGCUGAUGAACAUGAAAAGUUACAAAGUGCCUUCUCUGCCGAAUUAAAAUCAAGCAGAGUUUCCGUUCGUAAAAGAGCUAUUGCUUGUCUUGCUGCCUUGUCAGUUCAUACUAGUGAUAAAUUAUUUGAUGCCUUGUUGACAAGUGUUGUCAAUGGUAUUGAUAAUGUUAUCAAGACAAUGAAGAAGCAAAAGGAUAAUAGCAAAGUUGAAGAACUUUCUACUUAUAUUCAAUCUUGUAGUGCUAUUUCAAAGACUGCUGGUCACAGAUUUGGUAAAUAUUUGGCUAGAAUUAUUCCAUUGUUCAUGGAUGCUGCUGAAAUUAUUGCAGGAUCUUUGGAUGAAGAUGAUGAAGAAAUGGUUGAUACUAAUACUGAAAUUAAUGAUGAAGUUCGUGAAUAUAUUACUCAAGCUUUCGAAGCCUUUGUUACAAGAUGUCCAGAUGAAGUUGCCAGAUAUGUUGAUUACGUCAUUAUUAUUUGUAAGGAAUACCUCGAAUAUGAUCCAAACUAUUCAUAUGAUGAUAGUGAAGAUGAAGCUGAAGAAGCUGAUGUAAUGCAAGAUGAUGAUGAUGAAGAUGGUUUGGGAGAUGAUCUUGAUGAAGGUGGUUUAUCUGAAGAUGAUGAUGUUACAUGGAAAGUUCGUAGAUCUGCUGCUAAAUGUUUAGGUUCAUUGAUUAGAUCUAGACCAGAAUUAUUGGCAUCUUUCUAUACUGAAUUGUGUUCUGAAGAAGAUAUUUCAUUGAUUCGUCGUUUCAAGGAAAGAGAAGAACCAGUUAAACUUGAUAUUUUCAAUGUUUUCAUUGAUUUGUUGCAUCAAUCAUACUCUACAAAGACUUCUCCAAGUGGUGAAGUUUCAUACAAGCAACAUGAUGAAGUUAAAUUUGUUGAACAAACAAAGGAUGCUAUCAUGAAACGUAUUAAGAAGCAAUUGAAAGAAAAGUCAGAAAAGACUAAAGUUGGUGUUUUCCAAAUUUUAAAGUCUUUGGUUGUCACUAUGCAAGGUGGUUUGUCUAAAUAUAUUAAGGAUUUAGUUCCUUCUGUUUGUUCCGCUUUAGCUGAAAAGGGAGAACAAUCUUCAUUGAAAUUAGAAACUUUAUCAUUCUUGAAGACUUUCAUUCAAUUCCACAAGCCAGAAGAAUUUAAACCACAUUUGGAAACUUUAAUGAAGGCUGUUUUCAAUUGUGUUAAUGAUAAGUAUUACAAGAUUAUCACUCAAGCUUUAAGAGUUUGCGGUGAAUUGGUUUUGGUUGUCAAGACUUGUUCAAGUGAUUCUAAUUAUGGUUCUCUUGUUACUCAAUUACAAAAUAACGUUUAUGAAAAGUUGAAGAUUCAAGAUAUUGAUCAAGGUGUUAAAGAAAGUGCUAUUACUACAACUGGUUUAAUUGUUUCUCACUUGGCUGACAAGUUACCAAACUUGAAGGAUACUUUAAAUAUUUUAAAGGAAAGAUUACAAAACGAAAUUACUCGUCUCACCACUGUUAGAACUUUCACUGUUAUUGCUCAACAUAAGGUUGAUAUUUCAUCUGUUUUGGUUGAAACUGUCAAGUUAUUCUCUGAUUUCUUGAGAAAGGAUAACCGUGCUCUUAGACAAGCUGCUUUGGCUGGUUUGAGUCAAUUCUCUGUUUCAUACAGUGCUAAGAUUGAUUCUGGUUUGUUCAGUACUGUUAUUGAAGAAGCUGCUGAAGUUAUGAAUGAAAAGAAGUCUGACUUGCAUUUGGCUCAUUUGGCUUUCAAGUUAGUUAAACAAAUUGUUGAUGCUAAUCCAUCAACUUUAUCUUUGAUUCAAAAGUUCGUUUUGCCAAAGAUUUUGGAAUUGUUGGCAAGUCCAACUUUGCAAGGUAACUGUUUAGAAUCUCUCUUGGUUGUUUUGGCUAUGUUGGUUUCAUCAGUUGGUUUUGAUAACAUUUUGAAACAAGUUUUGGCUAUUCCAAAGGAAUCUAAGCAAGUUUUCACUAAUAUUGGUAAGGCUGUUGCUGCCAUCUGUUCUGCUGGUUCUCAAUCAAAUAAGACUUCAACUAUUGAAAAGUUUGCUAAGGAUUUAAAGUCAAAGGAUGAUUCUGCUAGAAUGUUGGCCUUGUUCACUUUGGGUGAAAUUGGUCGUACUAUUGAUUUAUCUUCAUCUGGUACUGUUAGUCAAGAUAUUGAAGCUUGUUUCGAAGAAGAAGGUUCUGAAGAAUUGAAGAAUGCUGCUUCAUAUGCUCUUGGUAAUAUUUCUGUUGGUAAUUUGGCCAAGUUCUUACCACAAAUCAUUAAGGGUAUUAGAGAAAGUCCAAAGAAGAAGUACUUGUUGAUCCACUCUUUGAAGGAAGUUAUUACUCAAGCUGAUGCUAACAAGCUUAAGGAAUUCAUUCCUGAAAUUACUCCAUUGUUGUUCGAUAACUCUCAAGAAGAAGAAGAAGGUGUUAGAAAUGUUGUUUCUGAAUGUUUGGGUAAGCUUGCUGUCAAUGACUACAAUAAUGUUGUUUCUCAACUCAAGGAAAAGUUGAAUCAAUCAGAUGCCACCAAGUCAACUGUUAUUGGUGCUAUUAAGUAUGCUAUUACUGAUGAAGCUUCACCAAUUGAUGACAUGUUGAGAGCUGAUCUCCCAAUCUUCUUACAACAAUUGAACAAGCAACAACCAGUUAGUGUUAGACGUGCUGUUGUUCUCUUGUUGAAUAGUGCUGCUCACAAUAAGCCAGAAAUUUUGAAUGAUAGUUUAGAAAAGGUCUUACCAUCUCUCUAUGCUGAAUGUGUCUUUGAUGCCAAUCUUGUUCGUAUUAUUCACUUGGGUCCAUUCACUCACAAGAUUGAUGACGGUUUGGAUUUGAGAAAGUCUGCUUUCGAAUGUAUGGAUACUGUUUUGGAUAACUAUAGAUCAAGAAUUGAUCCAAACAAAUUCAUUGCUCAAUUACCAGCUGGUUUGGAUGAUGAAAAUGAUGAUAUCAAGAUGUUGACUCACUUGAUUGUUCAAAAGUGUUGCGUCCAAUUCCCAAGAUCAUUGUUGACUUCUGCUGAUCAACUUGUUGUUCCAUUCACUAAUACUUUGAAGAAGAAGCUUAAGGAAAAUGCUUUGCAACAAGAAAAGGAAAGAUUCGACGAAUUGUUGAAGAGUACAUUGAAGGCUGUCCACGCUGUCAGAUCUAUUCCAGGUAUUGAAGAUUCUGCUCAAUUCACUGAUAUGUACAACAAGCAAAUCGUUGCUAAUGCCAAGUUGAAGCAAACCUAUGAUGAAAUUGCUGAAACUCAUGAAGAUUUCGAAUUUUAA